AUGAAGAAGUACUUCAAAAUUGCCUCCUUUGCAAUUAUUGCUGCUAUAAGAGUCAAGAAAUCUUUAUUUUAUUCUCUUUGGAGGAAGUAUUAAAUGCAACUAAAGAACAUUAUUUUUUUUCCUCAAAUUAGAGUUGGAAUUGUGUUAAAAAUUUGUAGAAUUCAAUUUAUAUUGGCAUAAUGUGAAGUAAGAUAAUUAAUUUAUUUACUAAUACAAAAAGAAAGAAUUAAUGCUUGGUGUUAAGCUGUUUGUGCUAAAUCACUCACUCACUUCAGUAAACAGUAAUUACACAAUAUUAUCGAUUUUCCAAAAGACAAAGAAAAAGGUAGAUUGCUCCAUGAUGAAAACAAUUAAUUCGCUAUAGUUUAUAUUAGAAAACUUGGCCUACUUCUAAUAAUCAAAAUACUUUUGUGA